UCUGUCACUGUCAAAAACAGCAGCCUUGUGUUUUCAUUUUUCAAGUGAAUUUUAUUUUGGUAACAAAUUAUUGCAAAAAUAGCAAAUAUGUAUACAGAAGUUGAUGUUUUUGUUAGUAAUUAUACACUAAUUGAUCCUGAGAUCUACCAGCUUUGGAUUGAAGGAUGUUCCUCCAGCGAAGCUGUGUCCACACUUAACCAACGAGCUAUCGCUAAGCAGACGGGUGCUUCAGUGGAGCUGAUUGCUAGCGAUGUAUUGGACCACUACAGAACAUUUGCGCUGCUGGAGCGCCUGCUCACGGUGCCGUCCAAGCUAUCGGAGCAGAUGAUCUUCCAGAUUGACGAGCCCACCAAACAGAUGCUCAUUGAGAAAUACUAUGAGUUAGACGACACGGUUAUUCGGGAACUUUUGGGGAGAAAGCUUUCAUCGAGACAUAGGAAGGAUUUGGACGAAGUGUCAGAGAGGUCGGGGGCGCCUCUCCGCUGCUGUCGCCGCCAGUUCGACAACGUCCGGCGUGUGUUUAAGACGGUGGAAGAAAUGCCGGGAAAUGUGGUCGCUAACAUCAGAAGCACCUUCUUGCUGUCCGAACCAUUGGCCAAAAAAUACGGCGCUGUGGUUUUCAUAGCGUGCAUGCGUUUCGAGACCGCCAAGAGGAAACUCCAAUAUCUAUCGUUCAACGACUUCUACCAUUGUGCUCAGGCUAUAAUGGGCAGUUGGACUUAUAGUUGUACUGGACCGGAGUAUUACGACACAGAGAUGGACCGAGAGUUCCUACUGGAGCUGAGGGAACUCAGGAUCCUGUUGGACAAGGAGAAGGAGCACAAACAUUUGAUAUGUAUGCGACUAAAGCCGAAAUUACUUGAAAAAUCUUAUCAAGAGCUUGAACUUAAUUUUAGAUUAUACACAAGGGCUUUGGUCGGAUUGGCUUGUAAUUUACACAGAGGGAGGGAACUGAGAUCUUUGUUUAUAGAUCUACUUGAAAGAUGUAUUGAGCCGUUGCGAUUGGGCGGUUGGCCGCGCACGGAUCUAGCGCAGUUUCUCACUGCGUACGAGCAAUGCGCUUUGCAAAUGGACGUGCUCAGAGAAGCCGACUUGAAAAGUGUAUGGGAACGGUACAUGCGCGUGAUUGGACAAUGUCUUAUAACUAUGUAUCAUUGCUAAAUACAUAUAUGUAUAACGUCACUAAACACAAUUUUAUACCUAUUUUAUGACUUCGAUCGAUAACUAACAAUAUGGAAGCUAAGAAAAAACAAUAAUAUUAUAAUAAAUUAAGCGCUGUUGUGAUAGCGGUGGUGGUGUAAUGGUUAAGACGCCCGCCUGUGGAUCGAAAGGUCCCAGGUUCGAAUCCUACUCGUGCCACAUGAGUUUUUAUACCAAUCUGAUUCAUGUAUAGUAGUUUUAAUAGACCACCACUUGCUUCCGGUGAAGAAAAACAUCGUGAGGAAACCUGCACACUGGUUGAUUAUUAUUAACUUGUGUGUGAAAUGGAGAAGGCAAUGGUAAACCGCUCCAUUAAUAAUGCCAAGAAAGUUGUUGUGUGUGUUUAAUUCCACGUAAUGACCACGACCCUCAGCCAUGAGGAAUACGACUAUGAAGAAGAAGAAUUGUGAUAGGCUAGUUGACAAAUUUUUCUUUUAACGACUAUUCGAAGGCCCUUAUACCAUUAGAAACACCAGUGAAGAAAAUACUGUGACAAUGACUAUACUUUCAAAGAUAUGACAAAAAUAAAAUCACACAUUUUUGGACUCGUCCAAACGCGCUCCGUACUAGACGACACGAACGUGUGACGUCACAACGUGCGAAAACGUUCGCUAAGGAAGAUAUGUUUGUUCGACAGCUGCAUUAAAUAUUACGUUUACGGUGAUGACUUCUUAAUGAAAGUUGUUAAAAAAUUUUAGUUUUUUUAUGAUGGCUGAGUUUUUUUUUUAUAAUUUCACACUUAAAAAAAAUGGAAUUACCAACCAACUUUGAAUCUUCGUAUAUCCAGCUGCAUUAAUACAGUCUAUGAAUUAUCACAAUGAUCUAAAUAUGUUUAUUAAACCUAUAUUAUACAUUUUUUUUAAUUUCUCUGACCUUGUCAACUACCCUUAUAUGAACAGGGCCUAAAACUUACACAAACAGAAAUACACACACACACAUAUAUACACACUAAUCUUGACACUAUUUGGUAAUUCCAUGCAAUGAUAUUUUUAUUUCAAAUAUGUUUCGCGUAUUUUUCUUCCGCCUAUAGAUUGUUGAAUUUAUAUUAUCAGUUUUUAUUUCAAUUAGUAAAUUUUUAUUAUAAUAAUAUUUUCGGAAAUGUAUCGAAAAUUAAACAAAGUUUGCUAUAAGUAUUCAUAUUAAUGUAAUAGAUAAUAAUUUUAUGAAAUAUAAUAAUGUUAUAUAAA